AAAUAUAACCUACACGGUGUUCCUGCACGGCGUGGUUUCUUUGUACGGUAUGUGAUGUGGGGUGUCUUUCCUAAAAAGGUUGCGGCCCUUUUGAAUGCAGACUAAAACCAACAUUUGCUCUUUUGUUUAUGCCGAAUUUUCUUGCAGCAUUUUCUUCGAUAUUUAUGAAAGACUUUCUUUGUUGCCUUUUUUUAACCCCAAAACGAAAACAAUGAAGCCUUAGAUUUUGCCAGGGGACCGCAUUAUCAUAAGAAACAAAGAUGGAUUUUUAUCUCCGUGGAGAGGGGGGUACCGGAUUGCAUUCUGCGUUUCCUAGCAUUUAUUAUUUUUGUAAAGCAGCAAUCAGGUAUAUUUUAAUAGCAGGGCUGGUCAAUUUGAACUAUUUUUAACAGAUGGUUGGCUCUCGGCAGUGGUCGACAUUAAAACCAGUAUUCUGGUAAUUUGCUGUUGGCAAGCGAAGUUGGACUUCAAUCGGAAGAUAAAUACAUCGUGUAUCUUUAUUUUCUGUUUAUUCUGAACCCUAGACGUAUAAUUGAGAGCUACUGGUGUUAUUUAAUUUUGAAAGGUCUGUAGUAUCCUAACAUAGAGCUGCCUCUGGUGUACGUGGCAUCCCUUGUGUCCUUUAAUGCCAGGAAUAAGGUUCUUAUGUUAUAAGUCAACUGUGUCAACAAAUCAGUUUUUGUGUCUCUAGCAUAAGGAGUUUCCUGGUCUGAUCAGAGGCCACAUUUAGUCUCAUUCAGAGCCACUGGGGACUGCAUAUAGGAAUAAACAAGGGGCUUUUAAAGCUGCGAUCCAAAAAUAUUACAGUAGAGAGGACUCCCAUUCACCCAUUGUUCUGGAUCAGUAGGGAUAGUGUGCUUCUUUAGGGGGAGCACCAAUAUCUCCAGGCUUGCUGUCAGGUACCGAUGCGAGGAAGGAUGGGUACUCAGGGCAGCCCCGUCAAGAGCUACGACUAUCUCCUCAAGUUCCUGCUGGUGGGAGACAGCGACGUGGGAAAAGGGGAGAUCUUGGGCAGUCUUCAAGACGGGUCGGCCGAGUCCCCAUAUGCCAACAGCAGCGGAAUUGACUACAAGACCACUACAAUCCUCCUGGAUGGGAGACGUGUCAAACUGGAACUCUGGGACACAUCAGGACAGGGUCGUUUCUGCACAAUCUUCAGGUCCUACUCCAGAGGGGCACAGGGAAUCCUGUUGGUUUAUGACAUCACUAACCGCUGGUCCUUUGACGGCAUUGACCGUUGGAUCCGCGAGAUAGACGAGCAUGCACCUGGAGUGCCACGGAUCCUGGUAGGAAACCGGCUUCACUUGGCAUUUAAACGUCAAGUGCCAACAGAGCAGGCACGUGCCUACGCAGAGAAGAAUGGCAUGACCUUCUUCGAGGUCAGCCCCCUCUGCAAUUUCAACGUCAUAGAAUCCUUCACGGAGCUCUCUCGUAUCGUCCUGAUGCGGCACGGCAUGGAGAAGUUCUGGAAACCCAAUAGAGUUUUCACCCUGCAGGACCUGUGCUGCCGAGCCAUCGUGUCAUGCACCCCGGUUCACCUCAUCGACAAGCUGCCGCUACCCGUAGCCAUCAAGAGCCACCUCAAGUCCUUCUCCAUGGCCAAUGGGAUGAACGCUGUAAUGAUGCAUGGUCGCUCCUACUCGCUUGCUAACGCGCCGGGGGGCAGCAAGGGGAACAGCCUGAAACGCUCCAAAUCCAUCAGGCCCCCCCAGAGCCCACCUCAGAACUGUGCCAGGAACAACUGCAAGAUCUCUUAGCAUGCGGGUGCAGACCAGAGCCAUCAGACCUCUGCAAGAUAGACUCUGGCCCCGUUUUAGGCAUGUUCAGAAUGCCCCCAGUCAUAAUGAACCCAGCCUCCGUGUUCCUCCCACAGACAUGAUAUGAAAUCCCUGCCCACUGGAAUUCCCAUGCUACCAAUCAGGAUUAAGACUCCACCAGCACCAAAGGCUCCAAUAAGACCCCAUCUCCCCAAUCGCCUUAAGAGUCCCCUUUAUCCAAUCAGGAAUUUGGGUAAUUCCUCUUUGACUCAGCCAGAAUGCACUGUGCCUGAAGUCUGACAGUGAAACUUUUUUUUUUUUUUUAUUAAAUUAUGCUAUUUUUUUUUCUUGGAGAAACUAGAGAGCUUUAUGAAUUUUUGCACUGAAAUUCCUCUGUGUGCUGCUUUGCUUUCUGCUGGUGUUUCCCUGGGAUGUUAAAGGGACCGUGCAUCACUUUUGGGGGUUGCUUACCUCAAAGAAUUGUUUAGCCCUCCAGACAAGGGGAGCUUAAGACUGAGAGGUUUAGGGGUUGCAUCAAAAAGCAUCAUCCCCUGGACUUUAAAAUUACAACAGCUUAAAAACAAAAGGCAUCAAUGUUUGUGUUUUGCCUGAGAAAUUCUCUUUUGUCACUUUGUCUAGCUCUCGCUCUCUCUGUUUCUGGAUUUCUGAGUGAUUCACACUUCAGACUUUCAUGAUUCUUAAUGAAUGCACUAGUCAUUAGUUUACACCAUUUGGACAAACUUUAACACAUCAUAGAAAAAAUGGAGCAUCACAACGUGUGUUAUUCAGAAGGCUAGGCAGGCAGGUUCUUUUCCUUUAAAUAUAUCUGGACAAUUUUAUAAAUGUUACAGUGGUCAAUCCCUGGAUUUUAAGCAAAUUAAGAAACUUUACAAAAAAAAAUUCCAUUCUCUAGUGCUGUCAGUCUCUUGCCUUUCACCAGGAGUAAUUCCUGUGCUGUACUUGGCUUGAGGAUGUAUGUACACAAAUUAGAGAAAUCUGAACCUAUCUGCUUUUCCAUGCUCAGAGAAAUCCACUGCAUGAAUCACUAAAAUUCUUACUGUAAUGAUUUCCAAAAUCUGGGUCCAAGUGAUACUUGAGUUUGUUGUAUUUGUAAUGGUUUUAGGACAGUCUUUAACCUAAACAAGAUGGACCAAAUUUCCAUUAUAAUACUUUGCAGAAAUGAUUUCUCCACAGCAGGGUUAAACUUGUCUUUUUCACACAGCCACAUUCCCAAACAAACCCCUCCAGUUUCUUAUUGGGCUUGUAUGUGAGUAAUUUUCUCCUUGGAUAAUAAGCUGCAUUGUCCUCACAAGGGUACCGUUUUUAAAUAGGAAGAGCUACUUAAAGUACACUAGCUGGGGCUCUGCUGAGGACCCUGUCGUUGGAAAACCCACCAUUGUUUUACAUUGAGAAACAGUUUGCAACAGUUCAUAUUAAAUAGGAUUUAUUCAGCACUUCUUAUUAUUGCCAUGGGUUUUCUGGGUGACAGAGAAGGAAUGAGUCUAAUCUGCUGUUUGAAACUGAAUCGGGUGCAGUAAAACCCACAGAACUAUUCAUACUGGAGCGUGAUAGAGAAGCAGCCUGCUACACGCUUAAUGUUUUCCGUUUGCUUACCUGGUAUGCAACACAGUGGUCUUCCAGGCUUGUGUUUAGAUGCCAUCUCCUUGUGCCAAAACAUAGCUUAAUACAAGCGAAAGAAAAGUGUUGAUAUCCAUGAAGCUUGCAGUUUGAGGCAUACCCCCACCCGAGGCUGAGCUUAUAUACUGUACAUGCAUGCUUCAUGGAGUCCUGUAGACUGGGGGUGACACAGAAAUCCCUAGAUCUGCAGAAUCUGAUGCAUCCCUCCCUUCUAUUGCCAGUCUAGCAGAUGAAGCGGGCUAGAUGUCUGCUGAGUGCUAGGUUGUUUUAGGACCCAAAUGAGGGUUGUGGUGCUUUGAGAACUGCUUUCACCAGAUGCAUUAUUAAUACUCUCCGUUACCCUUCUAAAGUCUAUUUCUCAAUUCAAUUUCCAUUCCGUUGCUACACCUUAUAUUUACUGAUGGCGAACGAAAGCCGAUUGUCAAUGAAGCACCACAUAGAAUACAUCAUCCUCGCCCAUUUCUCAUCUAUGUCCCAUGACCAAUUCUUCCUUUUACCAUACUGGCUAAAUUGACAGCUGCUGGUUUUAUUUUUAAGGGACUGGUGAGAGGAGUGUAAAGAAGUAUUUGAACACCAAGUUUCUCCUUUGCUACAGUACAUACAACUCCCAUUUGAAUCAAAGGUAAAUUGCGUCAUAGAGGAUAUUAUCCAGAAUAGUCCUUUGUUUUUGUUUGUUUAAACAUACCUUGUGCACAAUUACAGUCAAAUUCAAUCAACGUAAAGGGAUUUUGCAGAAAGUAUUAAAGCAGUGUUCUUUAUUGGGUUUUAUGGAUCGAUGGGUGACUUGUAGCCACUUUUGAUAAUGUAUGCACAUU